CCGAGGAGAGCCACACGUCGAAGAUGUGCCGACCAGCAAAAGAUAUGGCUUUUGUGUUGACAUGCUGCAGCUUAUAACAUAACCGAAUCUGAGGAGACAGGAGGUUUUUUGUAAUUUGAUAAGAUGAGCAGUGCCAGUAAAAGAGAGAGGGAGCAGAAGAGGAAGCUGCAGCACUUUCUAAAUGACUUAGCUUUGCUUGGAUCAUUACAGGGUUUCAAAUACUUCCAGCCGUGGCUAAGAGGGAAGGAGGAGUUGCUGCUGACAGUAGUCAAUGAAGAUCUGGGUUGGCGUUCCCCAGGCUUUGUGGUGUCCAGAGCCUCUUCGUACUCCACUACCAGCAGCUGUAACAGCAGUGAUGUCUCUCCCAGCAGCAGCUCUCCCAGUCUGGCCAGUAGGAGCAGCUCCCCGCUACCUGGGGAGCCUCUGGGCCCACAGGAUUACCAGUCUCACACACAUACCAAGACGCAGCCACAGACAGCCAGGGAGCCCAGUAGUGAAGAGCACCUUCUCCCAGCAUCUCCCAGUGAAAGAGAGAUAGCAGUACCAGAGGUAAACUGCACUCUGUUUUUAUUGGCUGGUUACGUCAAAUAUGGACGCCCCUAUGCCUGGAUACGCUCCAAUCACGAGCGCCUGGUCAACAUUGGUGGUACUGAUUCGAUGGUCAAGGACACACCCAUGAAACUUAAAUCCAUCACAGAUUGGCAGACAAGAGGCAUCCGUGUGUGGGAUGUUGUAAGUGAGCUGGUGUGCCUGUGCACCAUUCCCUCUCCUUCUAACCCAUUUGCCCUGGACAUGCGUUACGUCAAAAGUCUUCCCCUGCCAGACCGCUUCCUAGUCACAGGAGCUAUUCUGAAUUUCCUGGAGAUGUAUGUGGUUUAUGGGAACCGCGACGAGCUGCACUAUGACAAAGUGGUAGAGGAGGUAAAGCCUCUGAGGCGUCUUCAUGUUCAGUCCCAUCUGGAGUUACAGAGACUAAGAGAGAGCUCCAGGGCAGCCAGCACCUCCACAGCGCAGGACUCAAGAGGAAACCUCACAAAUUUGUAAAAAAAAAAAAAAGAAAAAAAAAGGCACAAUAGAUCCGUGUGAAAUCACCUAAAAUAGUUUUUUCUCCAGUUUUUUUUUUUAAUCUUUUGCAGAUUUUAUGCAGUAAACUGUGUUUAUGCAACAUGCACCAUGAUAUUGAACAAAAUUUUGAGUACACACAGUGCAAACCUGCAUGUUUAAAGGCUGCAGUAGCCAUAGAGCUGUAUAACCACCUACUCUGCAGUUGGGAGGUAUUCACGUGUAUUCAACUUUUUUUUAAUGUGGAAAAACACCAAGAAAAGGUUUCAUGGGAAAUGAGUCACAUGAUAAGGUUAAAAAUCCCAUGACCUCUUCAAGUCUUGGCCCAUCACCCUGAAUCUCCCUCACUUUCUCUUACCCAUCCAGAAAUUACAAAAGUAA